AUGUCCACUUUCAAUAUUCCAGCAAAGAAUUGUGACAAGAUAGAUUCUUUAAUAAGAAGAUUUUGGUGGAAACCUAAGGAAAAGGAGGGUAGGUUCAUUGCCUGGAAAGCCUGGGACAAGCUAUGUUGUCCCAAAUAUGAAGGAGGUCUUGGUUUCAAGAAAACAAAAGAUGUAAACAAUGUUUUGCUAGCGAAAUUAGCUUGGCUCGUGGCAUCUAGCAGAGAAAGCUUAUGUAUGGAUAUCCUUAGAGCUAAGUACAAAGUCAAGCAUGAUUGGCUUCAAAAGGAUCCCACAAAGGUUGCUUCGCCUACUUGGAGAGGUAUAGAGAAUGCUAAAAAGCUUAUUGUGAAAGGUGCAUGCUAUAUCAUUGACCACACUACUCAUUCUUGGAUUCCUAGCCUUGUUACUGAACUAUUUGAUGCUGCCUCUGCCCAGGCCAUUAUGUCGAUCCCUAUACCUUACAGUCCCAGGCUGGACAAGCUUAUGUGCACUCCUAGUUCCAAGGGAGUAUUCUCAGUCAAGUCAGCUUACCGAGUCUCUCUUGAGUAG